UGGACGUAGUAGGUGGCCCUAGCAGCCCAUUCCAUACUGCCUGUGCUAUAAAACAAAGCCUUGCCGCCUCUCAGUCUCUGCUUCAUUUUGCUCUCUUCGUCUGCGGCUAGGGUUUUUAGUGCCUUUUCUUUGCGAAAGUUUUGUAUUAGAAAUCAGCCAUGGGUAAGGAGAAGACUCACAUCAACAUUGUGGUCAUUGGCCACGUCGACUCUGGAAAGUCGACCACCACUGGGCACUUGAUUUAUAAGCUUGGUGGAAUUGACAAGCGUGUUAUCGAGAGGUUUGAGAAGGAAGCAGCUGAGAUGAACAAGAGAUCAUUUAAAUAUGCCUGGGUGUUGGACAAACUCAAGGCUGAGCGUGAACGUGGUAUUACCAUUGAUAUUGCACUCUGGAAGUUUGAGACCACGAAGUACUACUGCACUGUCAUUGAUGCUCCUGGACAUCGUGACUUCAUUAAGAAUAUGAUCACUGGUACCUCACAGGCUGACUGUGCUGUCCUCAUUAUUGACUCCACCACUGGUGGUUUUGAAGCUGGUAUUUCCAAGGAUGGCCAGACCCGUGAGCAUGCACUGCUUGCUUUUACCCUUGGUGUGAAACAAAUGAUUUGUUGUUGCAACAAGAUGGACGCCACUACCCCCAAAUACUCUAAGGCUAGGUAUGAUGAAAUUGUGAAGGAAGUUUCUUCCUACUUGAAGAAGGUUGGUUACAACCCUGACAAGAUCCCAUUUGUUCCCAUCUCUGGUUUUGAGGGUGACAACAUGAUCGAGAGAUCUACCAACCUUGACUGGUACAAGGGCCCAACCCUCCUUGAGGCUCUUGACAUGAUCAAUGAACCCAAGAGGCCCUCAGACAAGCCCCUCCGUCUCCCUCUUCAGGAUGUUUACAAGAUUGGCGGUAUUGGAACUGUCCCAGUCGGACGUGUUGAAACUGGUGUUGUGAAGCCUGGUAUGGUUGUGACCUUUGGUCCUACUGGACUCACAACUGAAGUUAAGUCUGUUGAGAUGCACCACGAGGCUCUGCUGGAGGCCCUGCCAGGUGACAAUGUUGGUUUCAAUGUCAAGAACGUUGCUGUGAAGGAUCUGAAGCGUGGUUUUGUUGCCUCUGACUCCAAAAAUGAUCCUGCUAAGGGGGCUGCCAGCUUCACCUCUCAGGUCAUCAUCAUGAACCACCCUGGGCAGAUUGGAAAUGGCUAUGCCCCGGUCCUUGAUUGCCACACAUCCCACAUUGCUGUUAAGUUUGCUGAGAUCUUGACUAAGAUUGACAGGCGAUCUGGUAAGGAGCUUGAGAAGGAGCCAAAGUUUUUGAAGAAUGGUGAUGCAGGAAUGGUGAAGAUGAUUCCAACCAAGCCUAUGGUGGUGGAGACUUUCUCUGAGUACCCUCCUCUUGGUCGUUUUGCUGUGAGGGACAUGCGCCAGACUGUGGCUGUGGGUGUCAUCAAGAGUGUUGAUAAGAAGGAUGCAUCUGGUGCCAAGGUCACCAAGUCUGCUGCCAAGAAGAAGUGAUCCAUGGGAGUUCACAGUUGAUCCCAUUUUGCUGAAGUCUACUUUCAUAGGAAUAAUUGUCUUUCAUACAGAUUUUAUGUCGGUACUGUCAACCAGUUUUGUUUCGUUUAAUAUGUCAUGGUUGUGUUGUCAUUGUUGGGUUGCCAGUCUGAGAACCAGGUACUUGACAGGCGGUGGCACAGCUUAUAGCAUGGAGUCCUCUUGUUUUAGAGAUUUUAGUGUCAAUUUCUUGUUAAGAUUACUAUAUGUCUGAGGUGCGGUUUUUCCCGAACGGCUCAGAAAUUUUGUUCUUGUGGUCAUGCAAAUUUGGGGAUUACAUUCUUGUCCACUUGUAAUGGACUCAUUGUUUUUGUGCUUUAGCUAAAUCUCUAUGAUCUUGAGCUA